CAGAAACGCGUCGUUGUAUCUCAUUCCAGUAAAGCACCAUUCACCAAAAAGAUCUCCUUUUCGAAGAUGAACUCAAAUGUUGAGAAUUUGCCCCCUCAUGUUCUGCGCUUGGUCUACAAAGAGGUUUCAGCUUUAGCGGCAGAUCCACCUGAAGGUAUAAAGAUUUAUCCCAGCGAGGAAGACAUAACGGAACUUCACACGUCCAUAGAAGGACCAGAGGGAACUCCAUUUGCUGGUGGCAUUUUCCGAAUGCGUCUGGUCCUCGGGAAGGACUUCCCUGCUGUUCCACCCAAGGGGUAUUUCUUGACCAAGAUUUUUCAUCCCAACGUGGGCCACAAAGGAGAGAUCUGUGUGAAUGUGCUGAAGAGGGACUGGAAGGCAGAGCUCGGCCUCCGACACAUUUUACUCACCAUCAAGUGUCUUCUCAUCCAUCCGAACCCGGAAUCGGCUCUGAACGAGGAGGCCGGGCGCUUGUUGUUAGAGGACUAUGCAGAGUACGAGUCCCGGGCCCGCCUCCUCACAGAAAUCCACGCUAUGGGCGGCACCUCCGGGGCUCCUCAGGACCCGAACGACGGCCCUCAGCCGAAAAAGCACGCCGGCGAACCUACAAAGAGAGCGGGCCCCAAUGUACCAGCAGGUCUGGGUAACGGCGUUAACGGAGCCAGCACCACCACCAGCAGCAGCAGCAAUAGCAACAGUAGCAGCAGCAUCAAUAAUGUAGUGAAAAAGAAAGCAGAUAAGAAGCGUGCAUUGAGACGACUUUAAUACCUCAGUGAAACUUUGUGUGUCUGAGUGAGUGAAUGGAUUAAAGGAAGUGUAAAUAUAAAUAUUGAAGUGUGCUGACAAAACCAUUUUGUUCACUUUUUAAAUUUUUUUUCCGAUUUGAAUCAAGAAUAUCCCUCCUACCUUUUGUUUUGUCAUCUGUUUAAUCAUCCUGUCAUUACAGAUUUAGUUCUUUUGAAGUUGUUCCUCUUGAAAAAUAACUUUUUUUUUUGUUUUUCGAAAAACCUAUUUCAUUAAUUGUAUUUUAAAUUUGGCCAACUUUGAUUGAAUGACUUUCAGUCUAUAAAAAAACAAACAAAAAAAAGCCUUCAACAAGACAAAAGUACUGUUGUUUUGGUUGAUAGGAGCUCUUUUUAAGACGUUUCUCUGCAUGUGUGGCUGUGACGGUACUGUGUACUGGACGGCCUAAGAUCUUCUUGGGUCCAAACUACUGUGCUCAUUCAAUUCAUAUCAGGUUUUCAAGUCAAGAUCCAAGGAAAUCAUGGAAAUUUAUACUUAAAAGUGAUUAUUAAAAAUAAUGGUUCACCAUUUGGGGAGAAUUAUUGCCACUAUUUUGCAAACGUAAACCUUUUUGUAAAUGUAUUUUUUAUGUUGUGACCUAAAUUUAGUAAAGCUGAAGUUAGAAGUGGAGUCCCUUUUUUGUUAUGUCACGGUCCAGCAUUUUCAGAACAUGUAAACUCGUCUGUAUUCAGCUGUUCUGCCUCUGUGUGAAUGGAGCAGUGGCUGUAUGAACAGAGAUACAGCAACGUCUCCAAAAGCCCCACCAAUUCCCUCAAAUUAGGGCUCCAAAUAGCCAUGUGGGAACCAAGGAGACUUUAUUAUCCCACACAUGGGCUCUACUUUUUUUUUCCAAUAAAUGAGCUUAAAACGUUGUCUUAAUUUAAAAUGGAAAGUUGCCUCUGGAAUUUUUGUCAAACUUUUGGCUGACUUGUUUCCAUUUUUAAAUAUUUAAGUUAAUAAAAACGUUGAGAAACCA